UCCGGCCGGGCCGCCCCGCCGCCCCGUCUUGCUCCCUCGCGGCGUUCGGAGCAAGCAAGAAAGGCCGGCGGAGCCCGAUGUGGCGUUGGUGCGCCCUGCCGCUCCGCGCCGGCGCUACUUUCCCCGUCUUCGGAUCGCUGCGCCACGUCCGCCCCGCGCAUGCGCGCUGGUUAGGUGCAGCGGCCCUUCCUCGGUCCGCCGCGUCGCCUCCUCCGCCCGUCGCCUUCGCCGCCGCCGCCAUGAAGUUCGUCUACAAGGAGGAGCAUCCCUUCGAGAAGCGCCGCUCCGAGGGGGAGAAGAUCCGCAAGAAGUACCCGGACAGGGUCCCGGUCAUUGUGGAAAAAGCCCCCAAGGCCCGAAUAGGGGACCUGGACAAGAAGAAGUACCUGGUACCCUCCGACCUCACAGUGGGCCAGUUUUACUUCCUCAUCCGGAAACGAAUCCACCUGCGGGCCGAGGACGCCCUCUUCUUCUUCGUCAACAACGUCAUCCCUCCGACCAGUGCCACCAUGGGGCAGCUCUACCAGGAACACCAUGAGGAGGACUUUUUCCUUUAUAUUGCCUACAGCGAUGAGAGCGUCUAUGGCAGCAUGUAAGACCCCUGAGCCCACCGUCUGCCGCCAAGGGGCACCUGACCCCGAAGGGACCUGCACUUUCUGUUGUUACUUGUUGUUGACUUUAUGUUAAAAAAAAAAAAAGUUUUGUUUUGUUUUUUGGGGUUUUUUUGCUCCAGGAAAACGGAGGGUUCUCUUCCCCCCAUUCCUCCCCCCCCCUUUUAUUUCUGGCUGUGAAUCUUUAACUCUCUCUUCCUCUUUUAACUCGCCCCUCCCUCCUUUUGGCUUUGCUCUGGGUUUUUCCUUUUGAGGUGGUUGUGGCUAAAAUUAAAUACCUCUCCGUGAUGGUUCUCUCCUUCCCCCCCCCUUCUGCCCCCCCUUCCUUGCUCCUCUUUCCUUCUCUCUUUUUUUUGUUGAAAAGGUAGGAGAUCUCCAAUUUCUCCCUCCAAAGCGAGACAGACCACCCUACUCGCCCACCCCCAUUUUGUUUUGUUUUUUUCAAAUUUCCUUUCCUACGCGCUCCGACUUUGCUUUCAUCAGGGAUGUGCGUCGCCUGGUAGAUUUCUGUAACCAGAGUUUGGGGGCGGGGGGGGGGAAACGAAUGCUAAUUAAAAAAAAGUAUAUAAGGAGAA